CCUGUUUGGAGGCUCAGUCUGUAAAGUGAGUGGGCGGCCGGGCAGCUACUCAGGGAAACACCGUUAGCCGAACGGCACUUUGCUCAUCUGUGCAAUUCUACCAGAACAUUUCUUCCGAGCUGGACCUUUCAGAGCGGGCAAGUACAACCAGUUCGGCCUCUGCCUAUUAGCAUGGCCACAUACACAAUUUGACAAGACUGAAUGUGUACCAACACACACAGGAUGGAUGGGAUUAGGAAGUUAUGUUCGCAACACCCCCUUGGAUCUACCAAGCAUUGGUAAAACAAACAUUUAUGGCCGAGAUGGUGAAGAUGGUUUUAACUGGCUCAUUAAUAAUUUCCCAAAUAACCAUGGAUGUGCUAUCUGCACAGACUUGAAACUUAAGUAAUAUUGAAACUUAAGUACUUGCUGUGAGUCAACUUUAUUGCACAGUAGAAUUUAUCUCCGUUUUGACUAUGAUUUUCUAAUUCCAACAUCAUGGAAGUGGAGGGGAGCCAGAAUGUCACGACUUCAUCUGAGAACAGGACAGUACUCUCCACAGUUCUGAUUGGAUUAGUUUUAGGAGUGAUUGUAAUAAUAACCAUCUUUGGGAAUGUGCUGGUGUGCCUAGCGGUUGGAUUGAACCGGAAACUCCAGAACCACACAAACUGUUUCAUUGUGUCCCUGGCUGCUACAGAUCUACUGCUGGGUUUGCUGGUCCUGCCAUUUUCAGCUAUCUCAGAGUUGUUUGAAUGGCCAUUUGGAGACACCUUCUGCAACAUCUACACCAGCUUGGAUGUCAUGCUGUGUACAGCUUCCAUCCUCAAUCUGUUCAUGAUCAGUCUGGACCGUUACUAUGCUGUGACAGCUCCACUGAGAUAUUCCGUGCUUAUUACUCGCAACAGAGUUGUCAUCUCCCUCAGUCUCAUCUGGUGCAUUUCAAUCAUGGUGUCCUUCUUGCCUAUCAACUUAGGUUGGAAUACCAAAGACUUAUCAGUGCAAAGCUUAGCCAAAACCAAUCGAUGCCACUUAGAGCUCAACAAAGGGUAUGCCCUCAUAGAUGCUUUCAUCACCUUCUACAUCCCUUUGCCCAUCAUGUGCCUGACUUAUUAUCGAAUAUUCAAAAUAGCAAGGGAACAGGCCAAACGAAUCAACACUGUCACUGGAUGCACAGCACUGAACCGAUCACUGCCAACUGUGAAGGAGCAUAAAGCAACUGUAACACUAGCGACAGUGAUGGGAGUCUUCAUCAUUUGCUGGUUCCCUUAUUUCACAGUGUUUACCCAUGAAGGGAUUUCGGGGAGACCGGCCAACAAGACUGUCUUUGCUGUGGUCCUGUGGUUGGGUUAUGUUAACUCAGCCCUGAACCCUAUUCUUUAUGCCACCCUCAACCGGGAUUUCCGCAAAGCGUACGAAAAGCUACUGCGCUGCAAGAGGAGGAACUCAUACCACAAAGACUCACCUGACAACCCUCUGAGCCACCGGCCACUACACAACUGGGACCUGAGGAAUGAACAGUGCCACCAACUGGGUCCAGACUCGGAGCUCACUUCAGAAGACAGGAAUGGUGAAAAUGUUGCUUCCUACAAGGAUGAUUCAGAAAGAUAUCAUGUCACUUUACGUGGAAGGUCAGCAGAGAUGAUCUCUUACUGCAGAGACUUAUGGUUGACAAAGGUCAGAUUGAUGAAAAACCUAUGGGUUCCUGAAUUUGAAGAGACUGACGUAGAACUGAUGGAAUCCAGAAGGAUGUUUGGACCUUAAGCACUGAACUACGAAGUCUUUAAUUUACACUGUUACUAUAUAAGCAAUGAAUGUGCAAUAUUGAUUAGUGUACUGAAAACUACCUUCAUGUGAUUCUCAUGUAUAG